CUAUAUUUAAAUUUAAAUGUAUUUGCGCAUAUUUAUCGAUCUAUUUAAUGUCCUGUAGAUUAAUGUACAGACACCAGUGUGACUGAAAAGCGGGGGCUUGUGGGAAAUGUAAUUUUAGACGGUUGUUGUACGGCGGUAAAUAUUGCUAAAAACGGUGCGAUUUGUAUAAAAAUAUUCAACACGACAAACAGAAUAGAACCUAAUAAACUGCAUAAACGUGUCAAGGAAGUGUAUGUAAUAAAUUAGGUGAAAUCUUUAACGUUAGGUAAAUGGUAUAACCGAUUGUCAGAACUUCACUUCCGGGAUGUGUGUGACGUGUCACUUUCUUAGCCAAUGGCAGUGAGUUUUGUUUUGACCAGAACCAGGAAGUGAUGAUGUUUUUGAUGGGAGGAUUGUGACCAGAAUCCUGACCAGAAGUAGGAACGAAACUAACCUAAUUACUGAGCUAUAUUUAUCUUUAUAUCCGUGAAGAACGGCUGUUUUAAUUCAAGAGCAGGAAUUACAACCGGUGGACAUUUUAGAGAUGUGUUUUUCUUUGAACUCUGGAGAUAACGGGCUUUAGGAAGGAACACGUUUCUUGCUCAGCCCCCGUGUUGUUGUCAUGUGAAUUAGUUCACAGCUGAAGCUCCGUGUUUUUCCCACGACACACUAAUAAAGUGAUAUUUUAUCGUGUUUACAGAACGACGGUAAUGUUCAGCGGGAUAAUGGUGCGUUUUAAACUAGCUACUUAAUUAUAGUUAAUUAUAUCUAAUCUUGUUUUGGGGGUUAUUUGCUUUACCUGCUUAAACUCAUCAUCCACCUUACAGAUUCGCGUCCUGUUAAACUGCUGAGUCACUGAAGCAGGUGGGUUUGAGGACAUUGAAGAUGUUUGCCAGGAAAAAUAAACGUCCUGCGGCUCCCAAAGGCCAAGGAGCUGCUGCUGCCAAACAGAUGGGUUUAUUCCUCGACUUUAACCCCGAGGACAUGAUGGAUGUGAGCGUGAACGUGGACGAUCCGGAUCUGGAGGCUGAAUUCGCUGCCAUUGUGGGGAAAAAACCGACUACUGCUGCUAAAGGGAAAAAAACCGGCAAAGCUCCGUUACCAAUGGAGGAUAUCGAAAAGAUGACUGAGGCCUGCAUGAAAGACCUCGACGACGAUGAUGAUGACGACGACGACCUCGAGGAUGAUGAAGACCUCCUGGCGGAGCUACAGGAAGUGGUGGGUGAAGAGGAAACAGAUUCUGGAGCAGAGACCGCCACCUCGCCUGGCAUUGAGGAAACUGGGCAAGUGAGGCCAGAACCACAGGACGCGAAGGCGUCGUCCACCACCCCCCCAGCGGCGGCAGCAGCAGUAUGUGGUAGUGUUGAACACAGACUUCAGGAGAGAAUCGUUAUGUACAACACCGCCAUAACCAACGCUAAAGCUGCAGGAGAGUCGGGUAAAGCUCGCCGCUACGAACGAGGGCUCAAGACUCUACAGAGCAUGCUAGCGUCCGUACGUAAAGGAGGAAAGAUAAACGAAGCAGAGAUCCCCCCUCCAGUGGCGUCUGGUAACCGUGGCGACGCUGUUCCUCCCUCGGCUUCUCCCACAUCCGCACCGUCCCCACCCGAGCAUAACGAAGAGUCGGACAGCGCUGUGGAGACUUCACCCGUUUCCAUGGAGACCAUCUCUGUGUCCACGCUGCCGGAAGUGAAAGUAUCCUCAGCAGAGACCUCGCCCGUUUCCGUGGAGACCUCCGCUGGUUCUCUGGAGCCGCCAGCCAGCGGUGACGGUCCGUCUGGUGUGAUCCUGCCCGAGGAGGAGCGUAUCCCAGAAUCCCCUGCAGGUGCAAAAGUAAGUGCCCCCAGUAAGGAGGCGUUGUUGGAGAGACAGAAGCAGUACAGGAUGGCCGCUGUGAGGGCGAAACAAGCCGGAGAUCUGGAACAGGCCAAAACACACAUGAAGAGCAGCAAGAGUUUUGAUGCUGCGCUCGCGGCGCUGGCGAAAGGAGAGAGCGUGGACCUCGGUCAACUUCCUCCUCCUCUGUCUGGAGGGACGGAAUCUUCUCCAAAACCAGCUGUAAAGAUUUCGCAAUCAUCCCCGAACAUGCAGGCACACGAGGCGGCGGUGAAUCCGCUCGGACCGGUCCCGCCCAGAACCGUUUUGGAAGCUCUGGAGCAGAGGAUGGAUAAAUACAAAGAGACGUGCGAUCAGGCUAAAGCUAACGGCGACGAACGCAAAGCUCGCAUGUACGAUCGCAUCGUCAAGCAAUAUCAGAGCGCCAUCCGCUCACAUAAAGCAGGACGAGCUGUUAAUUACGAAGAGCUGCCUGUACCGCCAGGUUUUCCACCAAUCCCAGGACAGGAGGCGAUUAAACCUGAGCAGGGAUUGGCUGCCGCGCUGGAAACAGCCAGUAAGCUCGCUUCUAACGAGGCAGACGGCGGAGACGACGAUGAUGAGGAGGAGGAAGAGGAAACAAAGAAAGAAAGCAAACAGCCCAAAGCUCCAGCAGCAGUGGAGAAGCAGAAGAAGCAGAUGAUGGCGGUUCCUCAGGCAGUCCAGCAUCCUAAAAGAACUCCUUCACCUUCACCUGAGAGACCUACCAAGAACGAGAACCCGUCUUCCACAGUGACGGAGCAGGUGGAGAUGUUGGAGGCUCGGAGGAAGCAGUACAUGAAGGCGGCGCUGCAGGCCAAACAGAAGAACGACAUGGAGCAGGCCAGGGUUUAUUUACGCACAGCCAAGAGCUUCGAGCCGCUGAUUACUGCAGCACGCAGCGGAAAACACGUCGACCUCAGCAAGGUCCCGUCUCCCCCUGCUGAUGAGGACGAGGACUUCAUCGUGGUCCAUCACAGUGAGGUGGAGGUGUCUGAGAGAGCUGAGGAGGUUUACACUCAGCUCAGCACCAUGCUCAAGGAGCAGUACGAGAAAUGUUUGACUUACUCCAAGCAGUUCACUCACAUGGGGAACAUCGCUGAAACAACGAAGUUUGAGAACAUUGCAGAGAGAUGUAAGAAGAGUCUGGAGAUCCUGAAGCUGGCUCAGAACCGAGGACUCGAGCCUCCUAAGCACCACUUCGAGGAGAGAACGUAUCGCACCGUCAGGAUCUUUCCGGAGCUCAGCAGCAGUGACAUGGUGGUGAUGAUAGUAAAAGGAAUGAAUCUUCCGGCUCCUCACGGCGUGGCGGCGAACGACCUGGACGCGUACGUCCGGUUCGAGUUCCCCUACCCCAGCACAGAUCAGCCUCAGAGACAGAAAACUGCGGUGAUUAAAAACAACAACAGUCCCGAGUACAACCAGAGCUUCACCUUAAACAUCAACCGUAACCACCGCAGCUUCAAGAGAGCGGUGCAGACCAAAGGCCUGAAACUGGAAGUGUUUCAUAAAGGUGGUUUCCUGAGGAGUGAUAAACCUGUAGGAACAGCUCAUGUUAAACUGGACAAACUGGAGACUGAGAGUGAAGUGCGUGAGAUAGUGGAGGUGAUGGAUGGCCGGAAGCCCACAGGAGGUCGAAUAGAGGUCAGGGUUCGUCUUAGAGAGCCACUGAGUGGUCAGGACAUGCAGACUGUCACCGAGCGCUGGCUGGUGCUGGACCAAUCGCAUUCGAUCUGAUCUUCACUCUGUCUGAUCCGCCGUGAUGUCACACUCGGACACGCCGCCGUUCCUCGUCCUUCGUUGCAAAAGUUGGGAGAAGACGUCACAGUUUCACAUCAAAACCACACGGUGGCGCUGUUCACACGUUCAGUCCAGCACGGGGAGAAAAAAACAAAAACACACAGCUGGGGUGAUUCAUGAUACACAGUGAGAUUAGAUGAGCGAGUUAUCUCUCUCUCUCACACACACACACACACACACACACACACACACACACACACCCCUCUGUAUGGACUUUAUUGAUGUUGUGUGUGAAUCUGAGAUGCUGUUUGUGAUUAAAGUGUGGCUCAGUGACGUUUAAACCGCACUUAUGCACUAAUACCAAAGCGAUGGGUGUAGCUGGAGCGCGACGUGGUACGAUUAUUUAACCUGCUGUUUUAUAGCACAACACUGCUGUAACAUUUAACACGCAACUGAUUUAUCUAUGCAAAGUGCUCGUGUCGGUUCCCUCAAACACCGCGAUGGUUUUAUAAACUCAUUUGUAUGUCACGAAGCAAAUCCGCUGCACGGAGAGACACGGGUUUAACCACACGCCAAAGCCAUAAUCCGCGCUCACGCAAACCCAAAUGAUUACAAUACGCAUAUUUAUUACAGGAAAACGCUUCAACGCGCUGCUAAGCUAGCAUUUAGUGUGGAAUCUCUUCCAGUGUUGUUGUGGUGUCUUUUUAUUUCUUUUUUUUUGUUUGUUUGUUUUUUUUUUAACGCGCCCUUGUCCACUUCCAAGCCCUCGGAGUACUUCAUCCUGAGACGGCUGGAGAUCGUCAUGAAAUUUCAACAGCGCCACCUGCAGGACCGGAGCACUCGUACGCGCAGAGUUUGUAGCGUCGCGAAGGUGGUUUCAUUUUCUCACAAAACUCUCCGAGGUGUCGUCUUCACGUCACGUACGCCGAAGAGGCGUGAAAAAAACGCGCCGUUAUUUUUAUUUAAGCUCACGUUUGUUUGAGAACUGACCGCGCGUCCGUUCCCGCUAGCGAAGUAUGAGCUGAUUCGCGUGAAACGUCCGUCGUCGACGCUCCGUCUCACGACCCGAGACAGAAAUCGCUUGCUGGUGCGAACAGCUGGAUCUGUAAUGAAAUUCGAUAGUACGUUUUUGUGUUUUGGAGAACUUGUACAGUUCUUCUGUUCUUCCUUCACUUAGGUUUUUAUCUUAAAAGCGCGGAAAAAUCGCCAAAAACGAAAUAUUUGGAAAUCACAUAAAAAUGUGGUGGUUUUUUUUUUUUUUUUUUUUUGGUUUUUUUUUUGGGACGUAGGGAGCGUACGAUUUUUAAACUCUGCGGAAGUGGACGAGGGCGCGUUCUAAACUUCGGGAUGAGACUCGCACGCACUUUUCGGCUGCUCUUCCUGCACUUUGACGUGGCUUCGCGGUGGUGGUUCUGUCGCUCUUCAGGCUGUUCGCCAGGUUUACAUGUAACGUUCUGCUGAGCAAACCAGACACGCUCGUAUUUUUAUUAUCAUUAGUGUCUGGUUUUUCACUUUAGAUGGUAUAUAAUAUUGUCCGAGUCUUGCCAAACUAACUGGUUGCCAUGGUAAUAUGCUCUGUUUGAAAAUAGCUUUGGCUCGUCACUGACGGGCGUGCGCUGAUUAAUCGGUUAUACGAUACAUCGCAAUAUUUAGCACACGAUAUCAUCACGAGCGCUUCCCCCUCACUGGACGCAGGAUAAAACGGUUUAGGAGAAAGCGAACCGCUACGAUAAACACGUUCUACGAGCGGCAGUGUAUGUUACCGUGGUAACGCUGUAAUCCAUGAUGAAUAAUAAUAGCUUUAUUAAUUUAUGCUUUAGUCUGUUGUUUCGCUGAGGAGGAGAAAAAAAAAAUAAAAAAUGUCUGCGUUCUUUGGCGUCUAAAAACAAUUAACGCCCCCAAAAAAGUUUUUUUUUUUUUUCCUUCUUCUAUAAAUACACACACACGCAGGUCUUCAUAUAUGUGUCGUAAACGAUUUCGUUCAUCUCCGUUAGCUACUCCGCUUUAAGAUUUUAGGAGGCGGGGCCUAGAUAGGGGCGGAGUCAUAGCAAUCAAAGCCGAGGGGGGAAAGUCGUAAAAUUUCAGCGGUUAGCAAGUGGGUGUGGUUUAUAAUAUUCAGUGGGUGUGGUUUAUAAUAUUCAUUAACCUCAUAUCUUCAGUGCAAAACUACAGACUCCGAACACGUCGAGUUUCUUUGAGAGGAAGGCGGACGUUCUGGACAUUUUAGUUUCUUUAAAUUCCGAAUACGCCAAGAGUUCAUUUCACUACUUUAUCGUUCUUCCAUUUCAAAGUUGUAGUAAUAACGCCGGUAUCUUUUAUUGUUGUAUUUGUUUUUUUGGGGGUUUUUUUUGCUUAGAAGUGAACAUGCCAUUAAUCAGCUAUUCAGUGUAUCUCAGUUAUCCGCUGCAUCAUCACCCCUUGUUCCGAUCAGCAGUAGGCCGCCUAAGUAGGGAGCAAUAUUUAAGUCUACCUGAACGUUCCCUCGUUUCGGACAUCACCUUUCCGUCUCUUCCGGAGAAAACAAUCCCGUAAUCCUGUUCUGAAAACGCUGAUAUGGGAACUGAAUACUGGCACACGCUGGGAUUUACACACACACACACACACACACACACACACACUCACUCACUGAGCUGGAAUUAAAUAGCCGUGUGUACGUGUAGAAAACGUUGACCUGAGCUGAAGAAGACGUCGUGGUGUUUUUUCUGAAAGCUUCUUGCCGGAAGCUGAAAGCUGGAUUUUUCAGACUGUUGUAGAAAGUUUGUGAAUUAAACUUCUUUUAGCAAUAAAGAUCGAAAAGACGCGUCUGUGUUUCUCUCCUAAAUGUCUGUUUUAGCCAAGUCACCGUUUCAGACCCCGGUUCUGCUCACGGCUCAGGUGGACCCGUGUGGUGGAGUUGACGGUACGAUAACAAUCCAGGCCAGAGUUUGGACUCCGAUUCUUACGGCCGGAGGAAGACUGAGACGUGUCUCGCUUUUAGUUCAUGUGAGAAGGUAUGAGGUGAGCGUGAUGAUCUCGAGGUUGUGUUGCAGACGAUGGAUCACCCUCCAGGAAGUGAGGUCAGAAAGGCAGUACGAUCUCUUCUGAGGGAUGUGGGAGGCGGAUGAAGGGAAAGAGGAGUAAAGUGUGUAUCGUGAGACCUGAUCACCCGAGUACCGACCCGUGAGGGACACCCGCACUGUGUCUGUGAGGAAGCCGAGCACGUAACAUAAACCAGACCGGUUAGUGCGUUACUGCACGUGUGUUAUCUGCUUUGUGUGAUAUUUAGAAAUCGGGAGACUCGGAUCUCGGCUUUAGCGUCAUAGGAACGUCCAACUUGGAUUCCUGUCUCAGUCUCGACUUCCUUAACCUGUGGAGUGAAUUUAGGGAAAAUGAGAGUUAGAUUUUUCACUAACUAACCCCUUACUGUUUUUUUUUAUUUAUUUUUUUUACUAAAAAUCUGACUUUCUCAGAUUUUCCCCAGAUUCACACCACGAUAGGAAAUCACAGAAAGUCUCAUUUUUUUUGUCGUAAAAACAGUAAGGGGGAUAUUUUUCUUGGGUGAAAAAAUGAACUUUCUCAGAUUUUCCCCAAAUUCACAGCACAUGUUAAGGAGGUCGAGACUAAAACAGGAUAAACAGGGUUGUUGUAAUGACUGGAAUAUACUGAAAUUGGGAGCCUCGGAUCUCGGCUUUGGAGCGUGACGGGAAGCUCAAACUCGGAUUUCCGAGUUAGUCUCGACCUCCUGAAUCUGUGGUGUGAAUUUGGGGAAAAUCGGAGGAGGUCACAUUUUCCGCCUCAAAAAACACAAACACAAACCCCUUACGUUUUUUUUGAUGAAAAAUCCGACUUUCUCAGAUUUCCCCCAGAUUCUCAGCGUAGAUUCAGGAGGUCGAGACUAACUCGCUAAUCCAUGUUUGAGCUUCCUGUCACGCUCCAAAGCCGAGAUCCGAGGCAGAGAACCACCCUUUCGGAGGCGAGCGAUGUUUGAAUUUAGAUCUGAUCAAUUCUAUGCAAAUCAGGAAUACGCUUCGACAAAUACCUAAUCUGAAUGUUUAAUAAAACUGUAUUAUUAUUCAGCUGCGUAUAAACCUUAUCGACGUUUACAAAUCUAAACGAGACAAAAUCAUUUGAUUCAUGACCCCUCACUGUCAGUAGGGGGCAGUAUCACAAGCCAGGCUCGGACGAAGCCACUCAAUUCGCUUAACACAGUUUUCCCCGCUCUCUAACUUCCAUCAUGGCCCCCGGAAAAUCUCCAGAAAUCCUUCCCGUUACUGCUAGUAGAUUAAAUAAUAAAAACGACCAGAGUAAAUCCCGAAAACAUGAGAAGUGUUGAGUUUGGAUUCUGCACUUUGACGGUUUUAUAAAAAAAAGUCUAGAUUCAAAAAUGUAAUCGAGUACUAUUUGAUUAUUUACAUAUAAUGUUUUAUUUAAUUGAAAUUCCAGUCAUGUUCAUGGAUAUCAGUCUCUCUCACACACACACACACACACACACACACACACACACACAGCAUUUCAGAAGGUUUUUAUUUUACAUAUAAUACAGCUUUUUCAUAAAGUCUCCAUUUUAUUGACAAAAAACAAACAAACAAAAACAACAUGGAGCAGGUUAAUGCUUCUUUUUGGCUUUUCGUGUUUUACAUUGGAAAGUUUUUGACCCACAUCAGGAUUUAAUCUUUCACCUUUCCUCCUCGCCCGUAUCCACGUCUUCUACAGUGUGUAACGCGUCACUCGUAUCACUCGCUUAACCAUAUCUCACACUUUCUGUGACCAAAGCUCCCGUUUCAUCGUGCAUGCAGUCCGUGAAAAUAAAGAAAAACAAACAAACAAAAAAAAAAAAAAAAACCACUGCAUCGACAGCUUCUUAAACAGGAAAUGGAAAAAAAAAAAACCAAACAAGACUUCAAACGGAUGUAAAAGGUAACUGUUGCUUUGAGCUGCAUCAAAGACAGAAAGUAACAUCGUAACAGUUUAUACGUGAAGUGCUGCGUUAAAAUGAACUCCAUCACGUGUUUCCGUAACGGAGAACCGAUUCCAGCUCGCUCGGUUCAUUUCAUUUUUUUUUUUUUUUUAAGAUCGUGGACUUAUACGACAAUUUCCACAAAAAAAAAAAAAAAAAAGUUUGAAACUCGUGCGUUUGUUGAACACAAACCUUUUUCUAAAGCUCUGAAACGAAAACGUUUAAGUGUAGGUUCAACGAGGAUGUAACGUUUGAUCCGAAUACUCGAUUCUGAUUGGCUGUUUAUUAUUCACCCGUGACCCGGUCCGACCCACAGAACUUUCUUCCGUCGCGUUCGAGUCCGACUGAAACGUAAACACCGUCAAAUUCCUGACGCGGCGUUUCUCCGGAACGACGUCGCCACGACGCGGCGGGUUUUCCGUCUCGACUCCGCUAACGCGUGCGCGGCGUGUCGUAGAUAAUCAAAGCAAAGCAACGUGAUAAAAGCAUUACAGAGUACUUUAAGUAAAAGUCAUGGCCCCCCAGCGCAGUUCUUUUGACGAUCACGUGACUCUCGAUUCCGCAUCAGCGUCUCGUCUCCGUCCUCGGCUUCUGUGCGAUGGCUUUAUUCCCAGUGCAGUUCUUUACAAAUUAAAAGUCUUGUUCCGUUAUUUAUUAUCUUCUGAUGAAGGGGGGUUUUACAGUUCGCUUCAGAUCACACGAGGCGAUGGACAGACGACGGAAUCUGCGGUUUUGUAUCACAUUAGAACCUGGUUUUCAUUCCUCCUUUCACCAGCAUUCGUUCGUUCAGUCCCAGUGUUUAACGCGUCCUUGUCGACUUCCCCUCGUUCCAUCACUUUAGCGCUGUAGACCUGACGGCCAAAAUACGCACUAAACUAACUCCGAGACCCGGAAUAACCGGGAGUUUUACUCUCUGAAUCAGGUCUCGGUCGUCAGUUUGUCUGCGACACCUGGUGGACGUUUAUUCUGGUACCUGGCUAGAAAAUUAGCUAAUGAGUACGUUGGCUAGUUUGCAAAGUGAGCAGUUAGCAAUCUGAUCAACUGAUCUCGAUCUGCAGAAACGGUUUGAAUAUCUAAUUCUACUACUUAGCAAACUUCUGCACCAGAUACUUACUUCUCAAACCACACUGUGACCUGGUAUCCAGCUCAAACGCGAGACAGGCAGCUGGUUACUAGACCCGCCGUGUGAAAUUAGGGAUUCGGAGUCGUAAAAGGUAAGCGGACAAGGGUGCGUUACAACAGUCUGGGGUUAAAUUAGCAAAGCACUUGUGAAAUGCUGGUUCAGUUUAAUGCUAAUUAACGUCUCUGUGACACUCAUCACUCCAUCCAUCACUCCGUAAACACGUCGUCAAAAACGGAACGCUACAUCGCUUCAGCUUUGGAGGAAUUCCACUUACAGACAAAUAAACAAACAACGUCCAUACUAUUGAAAUAAAGCAUCCGGUGAUUAAAGCUAAUAGUAAAUAAAUCACUCCGAGCAGAACGUCCUGUUUUUAAAAUCGUCACUUCUCUGUUUCACGCGACCCCCCCCCCCGGCAAAAAGGCGUCUGAUUGGUUAAGUGCAAAAACCAAUGAAAGGAGGCGGAUUUGAGAAGUUUCUCGAAUUAAGCAAGACUUUCCCCGAAAGACGGGCGCUCCUGCUUCGACGGGGGCGGAGCAUGAGCUCAACUCGAUCGGCCAACUAUAUAAUAGCGUCAUAAAGUUAGCUUGCUCGCGUACACGACUAACUAUAUAAACACGCUAACGUGACGCAACGCUAAUGUCGGGAUAAUUCAUAACCAAAAACGGUACUUUUUUUUUUCUUUUUUUUUUUU